AUGGAAGGCGAGAGCGAAGUGGAUUUUUCUAGCAACAGCAUAACCCCUUUGUGGCGGAGGCGGUCGACCCCCCAGUCCCAGCUGCUGGGCCGGAGCAAGCCGAGGCCCCAGUCCUACCAGAGCCCCAGCGGCUUGCUCAUUACCGAUUUCCCCGUGGAGGACCUGGGGCCCCUUCCCGCCGCAGCAGCGCACACUCCCGCCGCGCUGCCCACCGCCUCGAGGAGCCCGCUGCGCUGGUGCGCCCAGCGGAGCGCUGUGCCCAACGGCCGGACGCUCAGCCCGGAGCACGGGGCGACCUCUCCUGGGCUCCGGCGGCCCGAGUCGCCCCAGGUGCUCGCCCUGGCCAAGUGCCCCGCCGACGGCCCGGUGGUCCCGGCCGCGCCGCCGCGCUCCCCGCGGACUCCCCACGCGCCCGCCCCCUGCAGCCCGCCGGAGAAGCCGGCCGCCGCCUGUGCCAGCCCCGUGCCUUCGCCCACCGCCAAUGGCCUGGCGCCUAAUAAGGACUCUCCUGGGACGGCGGGUGCGCAGCUCCGUCAGAUGGCUGAGGACUCGGAGCGAGGACCCUCGAGGCUCUCUCCUGCGCCCCAGAAUAUGGCUUCGGAACAAAAACUGCCCCUGCAGAGGCUGCCCUCCAGGGAGAACGACUUCUCCGAGAAGCCCGCGGUGAUUCUGAGCACCCACAGCCCUGCCGCCCUCAAAGUGGGCAAGCAGCAGAUCAUUCCCAAGAACCUGGCCUCGGAGGUUAAACUCAGUAAAUCCAACAGUCAGAACGUGGAGCCGCACAAGAGGCUCCUGAAGGUGCGCAGCAUGGUGGAGGGGCUCGCGGCACCCCUGGGCCCCGCCGGGGAGGAGGGCGAGGUGGAGAACGACCUGGACAGCCCCGGCUCUCUGCGCAGGGGCCUGCGGUCCACCUCCUACCGCAGGGCCGUGGUCAGUGGCUGCGAUUUUGACAGCCCUAUUACGUCCAAGAAGAAGAACAGACUGUCCCAGCCUGUUCUGAAGGCAGUAAUGGAAGACAAGGAGAAGUUCUCCAGCCUGGGCAGGAUCAAGAAAAAAAUGCUGAAAGGACAAGGAACAUUCGAUGGAGAAGAAAAUGCUGUCCUGUAUCAAAACUACAAAGAAAAAGCCCUUGACAUUGACUCUGAUGAAGAGUCGGAGCCCAAAGAGCCCAAGACGGAUGAGAAAAUCGUGGUCCAGCACAAGCCGUUGCGGUCCACGUGGAGCCAGCUCUCCGCGGUAAAAAGAAAUGGGUUGUCUCAGAACCUAAGCCAGGAGGAGAGAAAGAGACAAGAGGCUAUAUUUGAAGUCAUAUCCUCUGAGCACUCGUAUUUGCUCAGCUUGGAGAUCUUGAUCCGGAUGUUUAAGAACUCUAAAGAACUGAGUGACACCAUGACCCAAACCGAAAGGCACCAUCUUUUCUCCAACAUCACGGACGUGUGUGAGGCCAGCAAAAAAUUCUUUACAGAGUUGGAAGCAAGACAUCAGAAUAACAUCUUCAUAGAUGACAUCAGCGACAUUGUGGAAAGACACACAGCUUCCACGUUUGACCCAUAUGUGAAAUACUGCACAAAUGAAGUGUACCAGCAGCGAACUCUGCAGAAGCUGUUAGCCACCAACCCCGCGUUUAAGGAAGUGCUGUCCAGGAUCGAGGCCCACGAGGACUGCAGGAACCUGCCCAUGAUCUCCUUCCUCAUCCUGCCCAUGCAGAGGGUCACCCGCCUGCCCCUGCUCAUGGAUACUAUCUGUCAAAAAACACCGAAGGAGUCUCCGAAGUACGAAGUCUGCAAAAGGGCUUUGAAGGAAGUGAGCAAGUUGGUCCGACUGUGCAAUGAAGGCGCCCGGAAGAUGGAAAGGACUGAGAUGAUGUACACAAUUAACUCCCAGCUGGAAUUCAAAAUAAAGCCUUUUCCUUUGGUCUCCUCUUCCCGGUGGUUGGUGAAGCGUGGCGAGUUGACAGCCUACGUAGAGGACACGGUGCUUUUCUCCAAGAGGACAUCCAAACAGCAGGUCUACUUCUUCCUCUUUAACGACGUGCUCAUCGUCACCAAGAAGAAGAGUGAGGAAAGUUACAACGUCAACGAUUACUCCCUAAGAGAUCAGCUGCUGGUGGAAUCCUGUGACAGCGAAGAGCCUAAUUCUCCGGGGAAGAACAGUUCCACCGUGCUUUACUCAAGACAGAGCUCCACGAGUCACCUCUUCACUCUCACGGUGCUGAGCAACCAUGCCAACGAGAAGGUGGAGAUGCUGCUCGGGGCGGAGACGCAGAGCGAGCGAGCCCGCUGGAUAACAGCCCUGGGACACAGCAGUGGGAAGCAGCCUGCUGACCGCACCUCCCUGACCCAGGUUGAAAUCAUCAGGUCCUUUACUGCCAAGCAGCCGGACGAGCUCUCACUGCAGGUGGCAGACGUGGUCCUCAUUUACCAGCGUGUCAGCGAUGGCUGGUACGAGGGGGAGCGACUUCGAGAUGGAGAAAGAGGCUGGUUUCCGAUGGAGUGUGCCAAGGAGAUCACGUGCCAGGCUACCAUUGACAAGAACGUGGAGAGAAUGGGCCGCCUGCUGGGCCUGGAGACCAACGUGUAGCCUCUCACUGCCAUGACCUCUUGUUUCUGCGAGAUUUGCACGACAUGUUGAUGGGCUGUGUUGGUGUCAUUGUUC